AUGGAGAACGCUCACUGUCGCAAAAUCGAAGACGUUCUCGCAUUUUUCAAUGUGGACGAAGAGACAGGCUUGUCUGAUGAGCAAGUCAAACGACAAACUGAGAAAUACGGUCUCAACGCCAAGUCAAUUUGGGAGCUUGUUGUUGAACAGUUUGAUGACCUCCUUGUCAAAAUCCUUCUCCUCGCCGCUCUAAUCUCUUUCGUAUUGGCUUUAUUUGAAGAGGACGACGACUCCAUCACCGCUUUUGUGGAGCCUUUCGUCAUUUUGCUCAUCCUCAUCGCAAACGCAGUCGUUGGUGUCUGGCAAGAAAGAAACGCCGAGUCAGCUAUCGAGGCUUUGAAGGAAUAUGAGCCGGAAAUUGCCAAAGUCUACCGAAAAAACCACCACGGCAUUCAGCGGAUCAAAGCGGUUUCUCUGGUGCCAGGUGAUAUUGUCGAGGUCUCCGUCGGCGACAAAGUCCCAGCGGAUGUGCGCAUUACAAGGAUCUUCAGUACGACAAUGCGCGUGGACCAGUCUAUCCUCACGGGUGAGUCAGUCUCGGUGUUGAAGAUAACUGAGGAGGUGCCUGACCCGCGAGCGGUGAACCAGGAUAAGAAGAACAUGCUCUUCAGCGGCACUAACAUCGCGGCCGGCAAGUGCCGAGGUGUGGUUAUUGGUACUGGUCUCUCCACCGAGAUCGGCAAAAUCCGCAACCAAAUGAUGGACACCGAUCAGGACAGGACACCACUUCAGCAGAAACUCGAUGAAUUCGGCCAACAACUCUCAAAGGUGAUCUCAAUAAUCUGCAUCGCGGUAUGGGCUAUCAACAUUGGUCACUUCAACGACCCGGCACAUGGUGGUUCUUGGAUUCGUGGUGCAAUCUACUACUUCAAGAUUGCUGUGGCGCUAGCGGUGGCAGCGAUUCCGGAGGGUUUACCGGCAGUCAUCACGACGUGUCUGGCUCUGGGCACGCGUCGUAUGGCAGCGAAGAACGCUAUUGUGCGCUCCCUGCCGUCUGUGGAGACUCUCGGCUGCACUAGUGUCAUCUGCACGGACAAGACUGGCACCCUCACCACCAAUCAGAUGAGCGUCUGUCGCGCCUUCAUCUUCUCCCAGGCCGACGAUAACAACAUCUCCACCCACCAAUUCGAAAUCACUGGUUCCAAAUAUGCUCCUGAGGGCGAAGUUUUCCUUGGUGGUCAGCGCGUGAAAUGUGGUGAAUACGAUGGUCUGAUUGAGUUGGCCAACAUCUGCGCCAUGUGCAACGACUCAGCAGUGGACUACAAUGAGUCGAAGGGUCUAUUUGAGAAGGUUGGCGAGGCCACUGAGACAGCUCUUUGCGUUUUCGUUGAGAAGAUGAAUGUCUACAACGUGUCCAAAGCUGGUCUUACUAAAAAAGAGCUUGGCAUGGUAUGCAAUCACAACAUUCAGGACAUGUGGGACAAGCUAUUCACACUCGAGUUCUCCCGCGACCGCAAAUCGAUGUCUGUGUUCGUGGUACCGAGGGGAGGCUCAAGGAACGCCUAUCCUGUGGGUGGGGUGAGCACGGCCUCAGGGCCAGGAGUGCGGAUGUUCGUGAAGGGUGCAACCGAGAGCGUUCUCGAUCGCUGCACCUUUGUACGCGCCGGCUCUAAGAAGGUCGCCAUGACUCCGCAGAUCAAGGCGGAAAUUGUAAAGCUCGUCGCUGCCUACGGUACCGGUCGUGAUACUCUCCGCUGUCUUGCUCUUGCCACCUGCGAUGCACCUAUCCCCAAGGAGCAGAUGGAUCUUGAGGACUCCUCUAAGUUCAAGAAGUAUGAGAGCAAUUUGACUUUCAUUGGUGUCGUUGGUAUGCUGGAUCCACCACGAACUGAGGUGCACGACAGUAUCGAGAAGUGUCGUCAUGCGGGCAUUCGCGUCAUCGUUAUUACAGGCGAUAACAAGGCUACUGCAGAGGCCAUCUGCCGUCGCAUCGGCGUUUUCUCAGAGGAUGAGCCCACCACUGGCAAGUCCUUCACCGGUCGCGAGUUCGAUGACUUGUCUAUCGAGGAGCAGCGCGAAGCUGUCCGACGCGCGCGUCUCUUCGCGCGUGUUGAGCCUGCACACAAGAGCAAGAUCGUAGAGUUUCUGCAGGCCGAUGGUGAAGUCACCGCGAUGACAGGUGAUGGAGUAAACGACGCCCCAGCUCUGAAGAAGGCUGAGAUCGGUAUAGCCAUGGGAAGCGGAACAGCCGUAGCCAAGUCGGCCUCUGAGAUGGUUCUGGCUGACGACAACUUUUCCACCAUCGUAGCUGCCGUAGAGGAGGGUCGUGCCAUCUACAGCAAUAUGAAGCAAUUCAUUCGAUACCUCAUCUCCUCCAAUGUUGGUGAAGUGGUGAGUAUCUUCCUGACCGCGGCGCUUGGUCUGCCGGAGGCAUUAAUUCCUGUGCAGCUGUUGUGGGUAAACCUCGUGACCGACGGUUUACCCGCCACCGCAUUGGGUUUUAACCCGCCCGACCUGGACAUCAUGGUGCGUCCUCCUCGUAGCGUCUCCGACCCCCUCAUCUCUGGCUGGCUCUUCUUUCGUUAUCUUACUAUUGGCGGUUACGUGGGCUGUGCUACUGUCGGCUCCGCUGCUUGGUGGUUCCUCAUCUACGACAAGGGUCCCCAGCUCAACUACUACCAGCUCACCCAUCAAUCACAAUGCCUGGCUCAAGAGAGUCGCUUCAAAGGCAUAGACUGCUCCAUCUUCGUUCAUCCGAAACCCAUGACAAUGGCGCUUUCUGUGCUUGUGGUUAUAGAAAUGCUCAACGCAAUGAACAGUUUGUCUGAGAAUCAAUCGCUUUUCGCGGUGCCACCGUGGGCCAACUACUGGCUCCUGGGUGCCAUGAUGAUGAGCAUCGGUCUCCACUUCUUCAUUCUUGAAGUCGACUUCCUCGCGAAUGUCUUCCAAUUGACUCCGCUGUCCUUCGAAGAGUGGCUGGUGGUAUUUGAGUUCUCAGUGCCAGUUAUAAUUAUAGACGAGAUACUGAAACUUAUUGCUCGGAAAUUCACUGAUGUUCCUCUGAGUGUAACCGACCCGUACAAGUAA